GCAACCCUUGACAGAAAACAAAACCCAAACAAAACGAAAUGUCUUUUUUAUUUUAUUCGAAAAAAUGUCGAAGUAGGAAAAAGUUAUAAAAAUGCAGUUAAAGUUUUUAAAAACCCUCAUCGAAGGACAGGAAUAUUUAAAUCGUAUUGCCGGUUUAACUUGGUCACCAAAUCAUCAAAAAUUUGCCGUUGCUACCGCUGACAGGCAUGUUCUUAUAUUUGAUGAAUCUGGAGAAAGAAGAGAUAAAUUUUCAACUAAGCCAAGUAAUCCGACAAAUGGCAAGACAUCGUACGUAAUUAGAGGAUUAGCAUUUAGUCCGGAUUCAACUAAAUUGGCAGUUGGACAAAGUGAUAAUAUUGUAUUUGUGUAUAAAUUGGGUGAAGCAUGGAAUGAUAAGAAGGUUAUUUGUAAUAAAUUUCCACAAUCGUCAGCAGUUACAGCGUUGAUUUGGUUGUCUACGGGGGCAAUUAUUGCAGGCCUUGAAGAUGGAAAAGUACGUGCUCUUCACUGCAAAACAAACAAAUCUCAAAGCCUCUAUAGUGCCGAAAGUAUGACCAUUGCAUUUGCUCCAAACACCAAAGGAACAGGUUUUCUCUCUGGACAUAAUGACGGUACAAUAAUUCGGUUUUUCUUAACCGAAGGUAAUGCCGAAUCUUCGGGAAGAUUAGUUCAACACACUGUUCCACCUUUUGCCUUGGGUUGGCCUCAAGGUGGUUUCUGUGCUGGAGGUUGUGAUCAACGAAUUAUUUUCUAUGACUCUCAAGGUCGUCAAGUCCGUACAUUUGACUAUUCUCGAAGUGAAGGUGAACGUGAAUUCACGGUAGCUGCUUGCAGUCCCAAUGGUCAAGCUGUUGCUUUUGGAAGUUUUGAUAGAAUUCGAAUUUUUACAUGGAGUCCCCGUUUACAAGCUUGGAGUGAAACUGCUAAUAAAGAAAUCGACUACUUUUAUACUGUUACAUCGAUCUUGUGGCGAAAAGAUGGAGCAAGAUUAGCCAUGGGCUCAGUAACAGGAGCCGUAAUUAUGUUCGAAUCAGUUCUAAAACGAACUGUAUGGCAGGAUAAAUUCGAACUCAUUUUCGUUGCUCCAAGUCAGCUUUUAGUCAAAUCUAUUCAGGAACCUAGUGAACAAAUGACCAUCGAAUCGACUCUUGGUCUUGAGAUAGACGAUGUCAGAAUUAUGGGAAAGGAUAAUUUUCUAGUAGCUAGGACUGAAGAUUCAUUGAUUUUGAGUGAUCUCACUCGAAAUCUGGUGAGUGAGGUAUCUUGGUCAGUAACCGGGCGCCAUGAGCGGUUUUAUUUUGAGAAUCCAACAGUUUGUUUGAUUUUCAAUGUGGGAGAGCUAUCUUUAGUGGAAUAUGGAGAAAAUCAAAUAUUGGGAUCAGUUAGGACUGAAUUUGUCAAUCCUCAUGUGAUUUCAGUUCGAUUGAAUGAAAGAGGAAACUCAAGAGAUAACAAAAAAUUAGCCUUUUUGCUGGACGCUAAAACAAUCUGCGUUGUGGACCUUAUUUCUAAAACAGUUAUAACUCAAGUCACUCAUGAUUCGAAGAUCGAUUGGAUUGAGUUGAGUGAAACGGCUCAUAAGCUUCUUUUUCGGGACAAGAAAUUGAGGCUCAUGUUGGCUGAUAUUUAUGCUGGAAAAAAGCAGACCUUACUCGGAAAUAUAUCCUUCGUUCAGUGGGUCCCUCAGAGUGAUGUUGUUGUGGCUCAGAGUAACAAUAAUUUGGCAAUUUGGUAUAACAUAGAUCUCCCAGAGCAUGUGACUAUGAUGUCUAUUCGAGGAGAUGUCCUAGAAGUCAUAAGAGAAGGGGGCCGUACAAUGGUUCGCACUCAAGAAGGUCCAACUGAGCAUACUUAUCAACUAGACGAGGGACUAGUUGAAUUUGGAACAGCUGUAAAUGAUAGUGAUUUCGGGAGAGCUGUACAAUUUCUCGAGACCUUGGGAGAUAAGCCGGCUGCAAAAGCUAUGUGGCAUAAUUUAGCUAUAAUUUCUUUAGAAGACGGGAAUUUACGGGUCGCUCAACGUUGUUAUGCUGCCUUAGGUAACGUUUCGAAGGCUUUCUAUUUACAAGAAAUGAUUGCCGCUGCAGAUAAGUACGAGGAAUCUAUGGGUCCAGGAAUUAUGUGUCCUGAGGUGAGGGCAAAGUUAGCUCUGCUCAAUUCAGACCUUAGGACUGCAGAGCGAAUUUACUUGGAGCAGGGUGACAUUGAAUCAGCUUUGCAAAUGUAUAAACUGCUUCGAAUGUGGGAUGAAGCUAUUAAUCUGGCUGAGCGAAGGGGUUACCCGUUAUUAACACAGCUCAAGGAAGACCAAAUGAGCUUUCUACUGUCUUCUGGUCAGGAAGAAAAAGCGGGACAGGUCUUGGAAGAACAGGGUGAAGUCGAAAAAGCUAUGACCCUUUAUCUGAAGGCAAAUAAACCCGCCAGAGCAGCAAGACUUGCCUUGAAAACCUCAUAUCUGUUAGAAAACGAGGGAAUGAUGCGUAAGGUCACCGAAGGAUUGGUUAAUUGUGAACUCUAUGAAAUGGCUGGUGACAUAGCUUACAAGCUCUCAAACCCUGAAGCUGCCUUAACACUUUUCCGCAAGGGAAGUGCCUAUGCAAGGGCUCUCGAACUCGCUCGACAAGUCGCUCCAGAUGAAGUAACUAGCCUUGAAGAAGAAUGGGGAGAUUGGUUAGUUUCCAAAAAGCAACUAGAUGCUUCUAUCAAUCAUUAUAUCGAAGCUGGAGCUACCCGAAAGGCACUUGACGCAGCUGUUGGUGCAAAACAAUGGAGAAAAGCUGUUCAAAUAGCCAAAGUUUUAGACGAACCAGAAGAAAUUCAAAAGUAUGCUUUGGAUCUUUCGAAGCAUUUAGCCUUUGCUGGAGAUCUAGAGGGCGCUGAAGAUCUUUUAGUUCGUGCAAAUCUUUUUAAAGAAGCCAUAGAACUGCUGAAUAAACAUGGCAAAUGGGAGAAAGCUUAUUCGAUUGGGGAGAAGUAUUUGAAUUCUGAAGAAAUGCGAGAUCUUUUUGUAAGUUUGGCUAGGAACCUCGAAGAACAAGGAAAAUACCGAGAUGCAGAAAAAGUUCUUCUAGCUGUCAAUGAACCGGAUUUGGCAAUUGCCAUGUAUAAACGACGAGAACUGUACGAUUCUAUGAUUCGUCUUGUGGAGAAAUUCCACAAGGAACUGGUUGACUCUACCCAUCUUCACUUGGCUCGUCAACUAGAGACCAAGGGAAAGUUCAAAAAUGCUGAAAUUCAUUUUAUCGCUGCUGGUGAUUGGAAGUCAGCUGUUCACAUGUAUUGCACAGCAAAUCGCUGGGAAGAUGGCUAUCGUGUGGCUAAACAAAAGGGAACUGACGGGGCUAGUAACCAAGUGGCUUAUAUGUGGGCAAAGUCUUUGCCAGUUGAAGGAGCUGUUCGACUCUUAACCAAACUGAGCCUUUUAGACACAGCUUUGGGAUUUGCUUGUGAUUCAGGACAAUUUGAAUUUGCUAUGGACCUUUGUCGUAUAUCAGGCAAACCUACCGAUGAAGUUCAUCUGAAAAUCGCAAUGUCUCUUGAAGAUGAGGGUAAAUUCGAAGAAGCUGAAGUUGAGUUUAUCAAAGCCAAUAAGCCCCGAGAAGCUAUUCUAAUGUACACCCAUGCAGGUGAUUGGAAAGCAGCUUUAAGUGUUGCUGAAACUCACCUUCCUGAAGCUGUUAAUGAGGUUUUGGUAAAUCAAGCUGCAUCAGCUUUGGAAACCCGUAACUUUGCCGAAUAUGAAGCUUUACUUUUAAGAGCUCAACGUCCUGAUUUAAUAGUCGAUUAUUACAAAGAUAACGGAAUGUUUGACGAAGCUCUUCGCAUUGCCGAAGAUCAUCAUCCAUCGGCGUUGAAUGAUCUCAAACGUUUGCAGGCUCAAGAUCAAAGAAGAAGUGCCACAUCUGGAGACGAUUCUAGAGCUUAUCUUCAUAAAGCUGCAGAAUUUGCUAAAAGGGAAGAUUUCCGAAAAGCUGCCGAAUGUUUAAUGCAGAUAAAUAGCUCCAAUGCUGAUGAACCAACCGUUGAAAGGGCUUUAGUUCGCGCCGCAGAGAUAUGUAAUCAAUUUUUAGAUGGAAAAGAUGUAACUCAUAUUGCUCAUCAACUUGGUCCCAGACUUCUGGAAAUACGCCAGAUUGGACCAGCUGCUCAGUUAUAUCUAGCUUCGGAUCUACCUAAAGAAGCUGUUGAUGUGUUCAUCAAAUCUGAACAAUGGGCCAAGGCAAGACGAUUGGCUAAAGAAAUCGAUCCAGAAUUGGUUGCCUAUGUGGAACAACAGCAGAAAUCACGGCUGCAGAAUGAAGGAAAUGUCGAACAGUUGGCUGAUAUUGAUAUCAUGAGUGCCUUGGACAUGUUAGCCGAUCAAGGUCAAUGGGUAAGGUGUUUGGACAAAGCUAAGAACAUUAGCAGUCCGGUUCUUCACAAAUACUUGGCUUUAUAUGCUGCCCAGUUAAUUCGCGAGGGAGAUGCUGCAGCAGCUCUAGCCUUAUACCUUACCCAUGGAACACCUCCACUGGAGGCAAAUUUUAAUAUUUACAACCGAAUCGCUUUGGAUUGCUUUGCCAUGAAAGAGGAAGUGGCUGCCGAAAUGUGGAAGGACUUAAGGAAUUUUCUAUUUAAACUUUCCCAGACCCUUCGAGCAUCUGAAUUUUCUGCAUCGAAAAUGCUUGACACCGUUGAACAACUUCUUUUGAUAGCUCACUAUUACACAACAAGAGCUGCAUGCCGUCAAUUACCUUCCCUUCAGCCAAUAGCUGUGAGGAUAUCAGUUGCAUUGUUGCGCUACACUGAUGUAAUUCCAGUCGACAAAGGAUUCCUUGAAGCUGGAAUGGAUCUUCGUGCUGCUGGACGUGAAUCAGAAGCCUUUGUCAUUCUUAAUCAUUAUUUAGAUGUUUGCGAUGCUAUUGAAGAGGGUUCGGGAAAUCUGGUAGAUCACUCGGAUCUAUCUGCGACAGAUUUCCCCAGCUCUGUGCCUUUGCCAGAGGAAAUACAUCUUAAAAAUGAACUCCAAUUGCACGAAGAAGUUCGUGAAUGGGUUUUGGCUGUUAGUAUGGAUCAACAAGUUGAUCAGGUGCUGCCAGUCGAUGAUCGUGGAAUGUAUGAAUCCAGUUUAGGUGUCACAGAUGUGCCAUGUGUUUUGAGUGCCUAUCCGGUUCGUGGGCGUCAGCCGGUAACAUUUAAAUCAUCUAAUCGUCAAUCAAAUCGAGAUACUUGGAGUAAAUUUAGUGUGGCUUUGAAAAUGCAACCUACCGGUGGCAUUCCGGAUGUUUUGGAUUUUACAGAAAAAUGGUGUGGUCCUGCAAAUUUUGCAAUGCAUUGAAAAUAAAGACAUACAUUUUGAACACAA